CCGGAUAAUAAUAACACUAAAGGAUUUGGCCAUUUGGGACAAAGGGAGAGAGAGAGAGCAGCAGCAGAGCAGAGAGAUGUCGGUGAGAUUACUUCAUCUUCUCCCCCAAAACAAUUCCUUUUCUCGGAAUCUCAAAUUUCACCAAGUGUUGACCCGACCCGUAACCCGAAUUCAGUGCAUAAAGAGAGACGACGAAGACGAUGACAUCAUCAGAAACAUGAGGAUUAGGAAGCCGAAGAAGAAGAAGAAGAUUAUGACCGAUUCGGAGCUAGCGAAAGAUUUGGCUAGAGAAAUCGGGAAAGCGAACACAGUCGCGGAACAGAGAAGAGAAGCGAUGAAGAAGAGCGGUGAGAUUCUAUGGGGAGAGUUUUGUAGGCAUAUGGAAUUGAAAGAAGAUGAGAUGAAGAUUAAAUGGAGCAAGAUUGGAGAAGAAGAGAAAGUGGUUCUGGUUAGAGAGUUCGUGGAUGAAUGGGCUGUAGAUUUUCAGCCUUUAUCUGUUAGAUCUGUGAAAGAAAUGGUUGAACAAGAGUGUUUGGAUUCUUCUAUGGAAUCUUCUGCUUCUAUGUCUUCGUUUUCUGGCUUGUUUCCUGGAUUGAAGAGAAUCAUUGGGUUUGAGUAGAAAGAAUCUCCAAUUUUCUUUUAUAAUCAUUGCAAUGGUUUGAUCAGGUUCAUUGACAACUUAAGUAUUAUCAGCAGUUUGCUAUAUCUUUCUGACAAAAACACUUUUAUGGCAUUUGUAGUACAUUUGUUUCUUGAGCUGAGAAUACUGCAACAUGUUUUUCUA